GCGGCCGAGCAGUGGCGCGGGAGCCAUGAGGUGGAGGCCGGCGGGGACCUGGGCCGUGCUGGGCCCGCUGUUCUGGGGCUGCGCGCUGGCGCUGCAGGGCGGGAUGCUGUACCCCAGGGAGAGCCCGUCGCGGGAGCGCAAGGAGCUGGACGGCCUCUGGAGCUUCCGCGCCGACUUCUCCGACAGCCGGCACCAGGGCUUCGACCAGCAGUGGUACCGCCGGCCGCUGCGGGAGUCGGGCCCCAUCCUGGACAUGCCAGUUCCCUCCAGCUUCAAUGACAUGGGCCAAGACAGGCAGCUGCGUGACUUUAUCGGCUGGGUGUGGUAUGAGCGGGAGGUGACCCUGCCCCAGCGGUGGACUCAAGAUGUGAGCACCAGAGUGGUGCUAAGGAUUGGCAGUGCCCACUACUAUGCCAUUGUGUGGGUGAAUGGGGUCCAUGUGACACAGCACGAGGGGGGCCACCUCCCCUUUGAGGCCGACAUCAGCAAGCUGGUGCAGACUGGGCCCCUGACUUCCUGUCGUAUCACCAUCGCCAUCAACAACACACUUACCCCCCACACCCUGCCGCCGGGGACCAUCCGCUACCAGAAGGAUACCUCCAAGUAUCCCAAGGGUUACUUUGUCCAGGACGUAAACUUUGACUUCUUCAACUACGCUGGGCUGCAUCGUCCUGUACUCCUUUACACCACACCCACCACAUACAUUGAUGACAUCACUGUCACCACUGAGGUGGAGCAAGACACUGGGCUGGUGAAUUACCUGAUUUUUGUCCAGGGCAGUGAACACUUCCAGCUGGAAGUGCGUCUUCUGGAUGAGGAAGGCAGAGUUGUGGUGCAAGGGACAGGGAACCGGGGCCAACUGGUGGUGCCCUCUGCCCACCUCUGGUGGCCGUACCUCAUGCAUGAGCACCCCGCCUACUUGUACUCAUUGGAGGUGAAGAUGACCACAGAGACGGCGCAUGGUCCUCUGUCUGACUUCUACACGCUUCCUGUCGGGAUUCGCACAGUGGCUGUCACCAAGAGCCAGUUCCUCAUUAAUGGGCAACCUUUCUAUUUCCAUGGGGUCAACAAGCAUGAGGAUUCGGAUAUUCGGGGGAAGGGCUUUGAUUGGUCCCUGCUGGUGAAAGACUUCAACCUGCUUCGUUGGCUGGGAGCCAAUGCCUUCCGCACCAGCCACUACCCCUACGCUGAGGAGGUGAUGCAGCAGUGUGACCGCCAGGGGAUCGUGGUCAUCGAUGAGUGUCCUGGCGUGGGCAUCGUGCUGCCGGAGAGCUUCGGGAAUGAGUCUCUACAGCACCACCUGCAGGUGAUGGAGGAAAUGGUGCAGAGAGACAAGAAUCACCCAGCCGUGGUGAUGUGGUCAGUGGCUAAUGAGCCCUCCUCCUACCUGACGCCUGCUGGCUUCUACUUUAAGUGA